AUGAACUCUCCAUCCAACGCAAACAUUCAGAACCAGGGCAAUUACCAAGCUGACCGUAUAACCGGGGAAGGUUUUCUAUCAUUCCAGGGACGAGAGGAGCUCUUCAACAAAGUGCUAAUGCAAAGCGAUAUCAAACAGUACCGCCUAGUCAUACCAAAGCGACUAGCUCGACGGUACUUCCAGCUUCACCUUCAAAACCGGUCAGAAGCAGCUUUUUUGUUGAUGGAGGAUAAUGAAGAGAAAGCAUGGAAUUUCAAGUACUCCAUCUGGAGAAGCAGUCACGCUCAUGUGCUAACGGGCGAAUGGAGCAAGUUUGUGAAGGAGAAGGGCUUGAAAGCAGGAGACGUGGUUUGCUUUUCUCGUUCAACUGGGCCGGACAAGCGGCUUUUCAUAGACUGGAUGCCACAAAUGCGGUCGUGUAUAGCAGACCUACCACCUCUCAAAGCCACUCAAAAGGAGCAAACAGUUAGGCUAUUUGGGGUCAAUAUCUCAACAAGCCAACCAAAUUAA